GUUGCCCGGGGAAGAGGAGAGAGAGAGAGAGAGAGAGAGAGAGAGAGCAAGUCCCAGCCUUGCAUCCCUCCAUGGGGCCGGCCAAGCCCCUGAGAGGAUGGCAGCCUGGGCAAUGGAGCCAGCACCGGGGCAGCCUGUGAGCCCAGCACAGGGUGAAGUCUGAGCGCUCGAAUGGCCAACGUCACAUUGCUGAACACCUCAGAAGUCGCGGUCUCGGCGGGGUUGAUCCUGGCGGCUAUCGUGGAGGCGGCAGCACUGCUGGGCAACGGCGCGCUGCUGGUCGUGGUCCUGCGCACCCCAGGACUUCGUGACGCGCUCUACCUGGUGCACCUGUGCAUUGUGGACCUGAUGGCGGCCGCCUCCAUCAUGCCGCUGGGCCUGCUGGCCGCGCCGCCGUCCGGGCUGGGCCGCGUGCGCCUGGGCCCCGCGCCGUGCCGCGCCGCGCGCUUCCUCUCGGCGGCGCUGCUCCCCGCCUGCACGCUCGGGGUGGCCGCGCUCGGCCUGGCGCGCUACCGCCUCAUAGUGCACCCGCUGCGGCCCGGCGCGCGGCCUCCGCCGGGCCUGGUGCUCACAGCCGUGUGGGCCGCCGCGGGGCUGCUGGGCGCGCUCUCCCUGCUCGGGCCGCCGCCCGCGCCGCCCCCGGCCCCGGCGCGCUGCUCCGUCCUGGCCGGCGGCCUCGGGCCCUUCCGGCCGCUCUGGGCGCUGCUGGCCUUCGCGCUACCCGCCCUCCUGCUGCUCGGCGCCUACGGCGGCAUCUUCCUCGUGGCGCGCCGCGCGGCCCUGCGGCCCCCGCGGCCCGCGCGCGGCUCCCGGCUGCGCUCCGACUCUCUGGAUAGCCGCCUCUCCAUCUUGCCACCACUGCGGCCUCGCCUGCCUGGGGGCAAAGCAGCCCUGGCCCCAGCCCUGGCCGUGGGCCAGUUCGCAGCCUGCUGGCUGCCUUAUGGCUGUGCGUGCCUGGCGCCCGCUGCGCAAGCGGCAGUGGCCGAGGCGCCCGUCACCUGGGUGGCCUACUCGGCCUUCGCCGUUCACCCCUUCCUGUAUGGGCUUCUGCAGCGCCCCUUACGCCGGGCACUGGGCCGCCUCGCCCGCAGGGCUCUGCCCCGGCCCCCGCGUGCCUGUACUCCCCGGGCCUGGCACCUGCCGGCAUUUCUUCAGCACCUCCAGGGACCUUCAUUGGGCCCUGCCCUAGGCCCUUCUGAGGCACCAGAACAAGCCCCAGAUUUGCCAGAAGGGGAGACCCUGGGCAUGCCAGGCGCCACCUGAGAGGAGAUCUGUCUUCCGUACUGAGCUGGGACUGGAGAAAGACGGUGGUAUCAGAAGGAGCCAGUCCAACCUCCUGCACAGUUCCUGGCAGGGACCCUGCCUGGAUUUUGGCUCUGGAACAGGAGAAAGGGGGCCUGCAGCCCGGUGAGGCCAAGAGGCUUCUGGGAGCUAGGAAUCCUGGGUUCUGAGCCUGACUCUGCAUAGCUUUGUAUACAGACCUACCCUUCCCUAGGCCUGUUUUCCCAUUUGUAUCCUGGACCAUCUCUAAGAGCUCCUCCAGCUUAGGUGGUUUGGACACUCAUGGAUAGUCCCCAGGGCAAAGGAGAGGAAGUGGGCAGGAUCACAGAGAAGUGGGCUCUAAGGGCUUACAGUCAAAGGGAUGGACCAAGCAGGGCAAGGUCUAGGUAACAGCCACAGCAGGAGGAACCAGUGGAGAGAUACUCAGAAGGACUUCCCUGACAUCUGCACCAAGGAGAGGCUGGACAAAGCUACUGGAACUCCUCUACCAGCUUCUAAAGUGCCCAGAAAGCAACUGGAUCAGUGUGGUGCCAGAGGCAGGAGGCUGGACAACAUGACCCCAAAGGGCCCUGAAGCCCCAGAACUGGCAUGUGGAAGGGGCCAAAGCCCAAUGGGGACUGGUGGAUUCACAGAUGGGGUCCUCCGGGACCUUGUCCACACCCAUUUUCUGGAGGUUUUGCCAACACCCACAAUGUUUCACAGCUUCCUGGUCUCUGAGAAUAUUUAUUCAAAAACAGGGAUUGAAAAAACUGUA